CUGUGUCGCCAUGGCAACUCUUUGUUGAUGAAGGUGAAGCCGCUUCAACAAAAGACGAAAUGAAGCUCAAGCGGUUUCUUCUGCGGUAUUUCCCUCCAGGUAUAAUCCUUGAAUAUGAGAAAGGAGGAGAUUUGAGGACCAAAUCGAUCGACCUGCUGGAUUUGACUCCAGAGACAAACCCAGAUGAGCUGGUGGCAGAGAUCAGACGGUCAGAGGCUCUGAUCACAGAGUCCCGGGCUGAUCAGGUCAAAGAGCUGAUCCUUCGACUGCAGCAGAAACAGGGUCAGCAGGGCCACCACAGGUUCUGCUUCUUCAAGGAACUCAAGGCACACAUACUGCCACUGACAAAUGUAGCCUUUGACAAAUCAGGAUCAAGGUUUAUAACUGGGAGCUAUGACAGGACGUGCAGGGUUUGGGACACGGCCUCAGGCACAGAGCUGCACACACUCCAGGGUCACAGAAACGUGGUGUACGCAAUUGCUUUCAACAACCCCUAUGGAGAUAAGAUCGCCACCGGCUCCUUUGAUAAAACCUGCAAACUGUGGUGUUCUGAGACGGGCAAAUGUUUUCACACCUUCCGCGGACACAUGGCUGAGAUAGUGUGCCUGGCAUUCAACCCCCAGAGUACACUGGUGGCCACAGGCAGCAUGGAUGCCACUGCCAAGCUGUGGGAUGUGGAGACUGGGGAGGAGGUGGCCACUCUGACUGGUCACACUGCAGAGGUCCUCUCUUUGUGCUUUGACACGGUGGGAAAUCAACUCGUCACCGGCUCCUUUGACCACACAGUCGCCAUAUGGGACGUGACUUCAGGAAGACGCGUCCACACAUUGAUUGGUCACAGUGGAGAAAUCAGCAAUGUUCAGUUUAACUGGGACUGCUCCCUCAUAGUUACAGGCUCCAUGGACAAAACCUGCAAGUUGUGGGAAGCAGGCAGUGGCCAGUGUGUGGCCACCCUGGUUGGACAUAAAGAAGAGGUGCUGGACGUGUGUUUUGAUUUGAGGGGUCACCUCAUCGCUACUGCCUCUGCUGAUGGUACAGCGCGGGUGUUUAGUGCGAUCACACAUCAGUGUCUCGUGACUCUAGAGGGCCAUGACGGAGAGAUCUCCAAGAUCUGGUUCAGCCCGCAGGGCAGCAGGGUCCUAACUGCCAGCUCCGACAAGACAGCUCGUCUGUGGGACGUUCAGUCUGGGGUCUGCCUGCAAGUCCUGGAGGGGCACACCGACGAGAUCUUUUCCUGUGUCUUCAACUACGAGGGCGACACCAUCAUUACAGGCAGUAAGGAUAACACAUGCCGGAUCUGGUACUGAUCUGUCCCUUCACCCACCGGAGGCUCAGACGGACAUAUACACUAACACAGCUUGAGCUCGUCCUAAACUGCACGACCCACUGUGAAUUCUUUUUUAAUUGUGCAUUAGCAACUGAAACAUCUGCAGCAAUGAGGAGGUACAAUAACAGCCUUGUUUACAGCAUCUGUGUGAGGUGAGAAAUGUUAUUUCAAAUCACAUAAUUGUCUCGCUAAUGUUCCUGCAGUACUGAGUCUGUGUGUGUGAUGCUUCACUGGUUCCCUGACUGUACUAACCUGAUCUCAGAUCUCAGUUUCUAUAUUUGAAUAUACAGAAUCUGCAGGCGAGGGACACAAUUUUGGGGCUGAAAGUCCUCUGGUUUUGGUUUCUAGUUUGACCAAUCAUGUGUGAGCAAUUGUAUGUGUAUGUUUGUAGAGCAAAAGAGGCCAAAACACAUUGACAGAAAUGCAUCGGCUAUUGGCUUUUUAAUUUAUCUGCACUCAUACUGUAUGCAGAUCGUUGUUAAAAGAGAUUAUCCCAAAUGUCGUCUGGACCUAAAAAACCUACCAAAAGUACGAGUAUUUGUGUUUUGUGUGGUAAAAAUUCCACUCGUGGGAUAAAAGCAACUAGUAUUUGACUGUAAACACUGAACAGCUAACAGAGUCUUGGCCCAAAUAUCAGAUGUCUACACCAUAGCCCCCAAAAUAUUGGUCAUUGACCCCAGAGGCUAAUUCCUCAUCAGACGAUAGCCAAUAGGUGCCAGGAUUGGUGCCGACCUGACCAGCAGUUCAAGCUUUUCAUUGACUGUGGCUUUACCAGUAUGGUAACUUCACUCAUGAAAUAUCAUCUCAAGGACAUUGAAUCCUUCAACAUCUUUUGAACAGCGUUUGGAAUCCAGCUAAGUGGAGAAUCUAUGCAAAGUGGAUCCAGACUCAGUUGUCUGAAAUAUUGUUACUGUUCAAUACAACAUGUUUCAGCAUGAAAAGCUUUAGAUUUCACUGUAGUAAUAAAUGGGCACUAAAGAAUAUGCUUUGUAUAUGUUUCACCUUCAUGAACCCAUUCUCAGCCAAUAGAAGUGAUCUGUUUUUGUUCCCACUGCCUUGUAUUUCUCUGUGACUUGUACUAAGCAGUAAUUUCAGGGAGCACAACACAAUGAUUAAUGUUCUCAGUAGCUUCCUAGUUGGAUUUCAACUGUAACCAAAAAAAGCAGUAGAGCACAAACCUCCUCCCAGGCCCAGCAUCAACAAAUUACACACACUGAUAAAUAUCAGUUCCUGAAAUGUGAAAGAGUUUUUUCAUCAAGAUCCAUUAAUUAGUCUGUGGGAAGUCUGUUUUCUUUUAGUGUCGCACUGCAUCUGUGAGAACUUGGCAAUACAAUGUGAUACUGAUACUGAUACUGACCAGUGUUCAUUGCCUUUCUGCUGAAUGUUUAGUGAGAAUCGAGGCGGCUUGUAUUUCACAUCACAGAAAUUUAUUGAUGUCAAAAGAUAAAUACAUUCAGUUCUACCGUGACAGAGUUUA